AUGCCGUGUUCAAAUCAGACUUCCAGGAAGUUGGGAACCGCCAACAGAGAUGCGGUCCCAAAACCCGGGCUGCUAGGAGCCCCAGAACCUGGUCGAACACCCCCCCUUGCAAGGUGCAACACGCUUGUUGGUGCAAGACCUUACCACAGUCUCCCACGGCCUACGAGAAACUCGAACGUCCGUCCAUCUUUGCUUUUCCCUCAUGCCAAUUAA